UCCUGUUUCUAGAGUCCUCUCAGGGGCUCUCCCAGUGAGCAGGAGGCUUCACCCAGUCACCGGAGCUCAGGGAUGCCUGACAAAAACGGUCUGGUCCUGAAAACCCAGUGUUCUGCUCCUGUUGUCCCCCAGAAGACGAUAUGAUGUCUGCUGUGGAGCCGGGUGUGUUCCACCCUGCUCAGCUGCUCAGAUGGGUCUACAUGUCCCUGCAGGACCCUCCGGGCACGGCCUUGGACGGCCUCAGGCUCGAACCGGACUCUUCAGCUCCAGAUGUGAAGGAGCGCUGCAGCACAGCUGGUUUGGGCUCCAACUAUCUCAACAACUUCUUCCAUCUCAACAGUGAGGCCUUGAGUAAAAACUUCUACAAAGGGUCUUCACCGUACAGAUCCCUCAGUAAUAUCGUAGAUGGCCUGAAUUCUCUGGCGGAUCAGUUCUCCGACCUCUCGUUGUCCCCCGAGACACACAAACACAGCAAAAGGCCGCCACCCAACUACCUGUGCCACCUUUGCUUCAACAAAGGACACUACAUCAAAGAUUGCCCUCAGGCUCGACCAAAAGGAGAAGGCCUGACUCCGUAUCAGGGAAAAAAGAGGUGCUUCGGUGAAUAUAAAUGCCCUAAAUGCAAGAGGAAGUGGAUGAGCGGGAACUCCUGGGCCAACAUGGGACAAGAGUGUAUCAAGUGCCACAUCAAUGUUUACCCUCACAAACAGAGACCUCUGGAGAAACCAGAUGGCUUAGAUGUGUCGGACCAGAGCAAAGAGCAUCCACAGCAUCUGUGCGAGAAAUGCAAAAUCCUGGGCUACUACUGCCGACGUGUGCAGUAA